AUGAUGCGUCAUCGUGGGGACCCUGAUCACGGCAAAAUUCACCUCGAAACCGUCCCAGUGGACCGACCUGACGGGCACCGACAAUCCGCCACUGUCUUGCGCGAUGAGGAUGGCCACCUCGCCUUUCCCGGGUUCGUCCCGGCGAGCACGACCUCUCCCGAAAUCAUACAGGAUGAGGACAGUUUACUCUUGAAGCCCGAGAAUGGCUCCACUUUCAAGGAAGACGGCACAAAGCAGGGAGAGACGUCCAGGGCCAAUGGGCGAGCAGUUGAACACGAUGGUUACGAAGAUGACGAAGAUGACGAAGAUACGGCGGACGAUGAGCUCGCGCCGCCCCCUGCGCCUCAAAAAAGCAGCACAAUGCCCGCGAAACUCGACAAGUCUAAGUCAGCGACGCCAGGGCAUCGUCAGCUUGCGGUGCCCGUCUUGAGUCGCGUCAAGUCGUCUGGAUCAGCUGCAAGGGCAGGAGGCACGCCCACACGACCAUCUGCACCGCGGAACUGGGCAACAGACGUCAAUUGGAGAGGAUCCAGGGCACAGGCACCCUACACCCCACCCGCCAUCCGUCGCGCAGGCACGUCCUACCUCAAUACGGCAAUCUGGUCUCGCACAGAAGAGGAAUACAUAUCGAGCUCAUCCUCCUCCUCCUCCGAUGUCGAUGAUAAUGAUGGAAAUACCGCCACGGCAGCCACACGGGCUCAGCGAGGAGCGAAGGCGAAACGCGGUAAUCAAGUCAACAAAAGGAAGGAGAAUCAACCUGGCGGAGCCGAUGCAGACGACCGAUACAGAAAGUUCUUGGUAGGCAACGAGAACUACCAGAGCAAGGGCAAGGUCAAGAAAGACGGCCGUCUGAGAAUCACAGUCAACGAGACCGCUGGCACCGGCUACAUCGCCAAAGCCCUAGGCGCAGCCAUCACCAAAAUGAAACCUCCCAAGGAGGGGGACGCACUUACAUCAAGAAUCAAAACACUCGAUAACCGCCUCUCUCCGGUGUCGAGCUUUACUACCGAAGACCUUUCUCCGAGACCAAAACUGAACAUUGUUAUCAUGGUGAUUGGCUCGCGAGGCGAUGUACAGCCGUUCCUCAAAAUCGGUAAGGUCUUGAAAGAGGAGUAUGGCCAUCGAGUACGUCUUGCGACGCAUCCUGCUUUCCGGGACUACGUGGAGCGCGAUUCCGGUCUGGAGUUCUUCUCCGUGGGCGGUGAUCCCUCUGAACUCAUGGCGUUCAUGGUGAAGAAUCCAGGCAUGAUCCCAAGUCUGGAGACAGUUCGCGCUGGCGACAUUGGCAAACGAAGGGCUGCCAUGGCCGAAAUGUUUGAUGGUUUCUGGCGUGCAUGCGUCAACGCCACAGACGACGAGAAGGACAAGCAGAACCUGAAAAUGAUGGGCACGCGCGAACCUUUUGUGGCAGAUGCCAUCAUUGCAAAUCCACCUUCAUUUGCGCAUGUCCAUUGCGCAGAAGCAUUGGGAAUUCCCUUGCAUCUCAUGUUCACCUUCCCCUACACACCGACUCAGGCUUUUCCACACCCGCUCGCAAGCAUCAAGAAGAGCAACGUUGACCCAGGAUACACCAACUUCAUCUCCUACCCCAUGGUAGAGAUGAUGGUCUGGCAAGGUCUCGGCGACCUGAUCAACGACUUCAGGGUGAAGACAUUGGCCCUUGACCCGGUCUCGACACUCUGGGCGCCAGGGGCGACAUACAGGCUUCACGUACCCUUCACGUACAUGUGGUCGCCCGGACUUGCUCCAAAGCCUCGUGACUGGGGAGACCAUAUUGACAUCUCUGGUUUCGUCUAUCUAGAUCUUGCGUCCAGUUUCAAGCCUCCUAAAGAUUUAGAGGAAUUCCUUGCUGCAGGUGAACCACCAAUUUACAUUGGCUUCGGUUCCAUUGUCGUCGAUGACGCGGAUAGGUUCACCGAGAUGAUCUUUGAAGCAGUCGAAAAGGCCGGUGUUCGCGCGCUUGUCUCGCGCGGCUGGGGUGGCCUCGGGAGCCAGAACACACCCGACAACAUAUUCAUGCUGGAGAACACACCGCACGACUGGCUGUUUCCCAAGAUCAAGGCCUGCGUUAUUCACGGAGGCGCUGGCACCACAGCCAUUGCCUUGAAGCUGGGCAAGCCUACCAUGGUUGUGCCCUUCUUUGGCGACCAGCAUUUCUGGGGGGGCAUGAUCUCCAACGCUAAAGUUGGACCCGAGCCAGUGCCCUACAAAAGUUUGACCGCGGACACUCUGGCGGAAGGCAUCAAAUACUGUCUCACCGACGAGGCACGGAUGGCCGCAGAGGAGAUCGCUCGCAACAUUGAGGCGGAGGGCGAUGGCGCGCAUAAUGCUGUCAGGGCCUUCCACCGUCAUUUGAACCUUAGAGGGCCAAGAACGAUGCGCUGCUCCAUUUUCAAGGACAGGAUUGCUGUCUGGCAACCAAAGCACACGAAUGUCAAGUUGUCACCUUUGGCGGCGGACAUGCUUGUCGAUGCAGGGUUCACCAAAUGGAAGAACCUGCGGCUGAUGCGGCAUCAAGAGUGGAACGAUUUUGAGGGCCCAGGCGAGCCUGUCACCGGCAUUGCUGGGUCUUUGACACAUACCUUUGGUAACGCGGCCAAGGGCGUGGGCAGUGUCCCCGUAAGGCUAGCUCGGACGUCGAAGCGAUACCGGAAGCGACAGGACAGGAAAAGGGAGAAGAAGAGGCUGGCGGCACAGCAAGAACAAGAGAAUGCGCAAAACGCCGCUCAGCAGGAUGCUUCCCGUGAGAAUCUCGACAUGGCUUUACAGCGAUCUAGAACGGCGACAACCAAUGAACUCCACGGCGAAUUCGUUGAUGAUGUCACUGAAGGGGUCGGGAUCACCGCGACUGCGCUCGCCAUGGCGCCUGUUGAUCUCGCUCUGGCUCUGGCGCAAGGCUUCCACAAUGCGCCACGCUUGUACGGCGACGACACUGUACGUAAGCCGAUCCGGAUCACAGGCAUCCGGUCCGGUCUCCGCGCCGCAAGAAAAGAAUUUGUAUACGGAAUGUACGACGGCUGGACUGGCCUCGUUCGGCUACCCUACCGCGGCGCCAAGAGUCGCGGCGUUGUGGGCGUGGCCAAAGGGACCGGUAUGGGCCUCAUGGGUCUCGUUCUCAAGAAUACGGCUGCCAUCGUGGGCCCGUGGGGAUAUACCCUCAAAGGCCUGGCACAGCAAGCAAAACGGACAAAGUCCCCUUCCAAGUUCAUCCGUAGGGCGCGCAUCAUUCAGGGACAGAGGGAGGCGCAGACUUUGGAUCCCGCGGGGCGGAAACGACUCGAGAAGGACGUCGUCACUGCGUACAAUGUCUAUAGGGACCUCUGCGGGGCGAUUGCCCACGAGGAGAGGCAGCGUGGCCUUGCUGGCCAGCUCGACCGAGUCCUCCUCGACACGGGAAUGCUCUUCGAGGACAUCAAGAUUGCGAAACAAGCACUGGGGGCACUCAGGCGUGGCGAGUCGCUCGAGAGCGUUAUCCACCCGCCAACAGAGGAUGAAGUGCGCGAGAGCAGGCGCUCCAACGGAAAGAAAGUCUUCAGCUGGGGUCGCGACCGCAGUCGAAGCAAUGCCCCGGGUCGCCAGCGGGCAAAGAGUCUGAAGAAGGAAGACAAGGACAAGGGGAAGAAGGAGGACAUACCACAGCGUUGCGAAUGGAACCAAGAAUAG